GUCAUGGAAAAUGGAGUAAAGCGGAACGUAUGAGUCCCACCCACCUUUUUUUUAAAAUAUUACACUGCGUGUCCCACGAACCCACGUAGAGGUUAUCUGUACAUAGGAAGUGACUGACGGCCAAGCAGCUGCUUAUUCUACACAACUAUGAGCUAUCCAGGUUAUCCUCCCCAGCCCGGCUAUCCUCCUCAGGCCGGUGGAUACCCACCUCAACCAGGGAUGUACCCUCCUGCAGCAGGGGGAUACCUCCCUCAACCUGGGAUGUACCCCCCGCAGGCGGGUGCUUACCCGCCACAGCCAGGCGCCUAUCCUGGUCAACCAGGGGCUUAUCCUUCUGUACCCACAGGCGGUUGGGGUGGUGCUCCUGGUCCUUCAGGAAUGCCUGGUUUUAGUCUGGAUAAUAUGCCGAAUCCUGGAUUCAACGCUGGCAAUCUCCCAGGAAUGGCAAAUCAGUUCGCCGCCUCUAGUGGAUUUACCCCAAAUCCAUCCAUGUUCUCUCAAGCCCCUACUGGUUAUCCUGCCCCCCAGCCUGGGGGCCCACCUGCCCCCUCCCCUAACCAGCCCUAUGGCUUGUACCCUCAGCCAGGAGGAAGUAUGCCCCAAGGUCCGGGAAUGGGGUACCCUGGAGGGCCAGCCCCAGGUCAGCAGAUGCCAGGCUACCCAAAUGCACCGUCCCCCAAUCCGUCCAUGCCUAGCUAUCCCAAAGCACCCUCACCCAACCCGAACAUGCCUGCAUAUGGUGGUGGCUACGGAGGAGGAGCACCUGCAGUUCCAGCUAUCAAUCGUGGAUUCAGAGGGACGAUCCAAGCCUUUCCUGGUGCUGACCCGCUUAAAGAUGCAGAGGUCCUUAGGAAAGCCAUGAAAGGCUUUGGCACUGAUGAACAAGCCAUCAUUAAUUUGCUGGGAAGUCGCUCCAAUAAGCAGCGUGUACCACUCUUGGUAUCAUACAAGACUGCCUAUGGAAAGGACUUGGUUAAGGACUUGAAGUCUGAGCUUUCAGGGAACUUUGAGAAGCUUGUGCUGGCCAUGUUGAAGACUCCAGCUCAGUAUGAUGCAUGUGAGCUUAAAGAGGCAAUCAAGGGAGCGGGGACAGAUGAGGCCUGUCUGAUUGAAAUCUUGUCCUCUCGCUCUAAUGCAGAGAUCCGAGAAAUCAAUCAAAUCUUCAAAGCUGAGAAUAAGAAAUCACUGGAGGACGCUAUCAGUGGAGACACAUCUGGGCACUUCCGUAGACUGCUGGUCUCUCUCGCUCAGGGUAAUCGUGAUGAGAGGGAAAAUGUGGACGUAUCUAUAGCCAAACAGGAUGCUCAGGCUCUAUACCAAGCAGGAGAAAAUAAACUUGGCACAGAUGAGUCCAAGUUCAAUGCCAUCCUGUGUGCUCGGAGCAAAGCUCACCUCAGAGCAGUGUUUCAUGAGUACCAGCACAUGUGUGGCAGAGACAUUGAGAAGAGUAUUGAGAGGGAGAUGUCUGGAGACCUUGAGAGUGGCAUGCUGGCUGUCGUGAAAUGCAUUAAAAACACACCUGCCUACUUUGCUGAGAGACUCUACAAGGCCAUGAAGGGAGCGGGAACCAAGGAUCGCACUCUGGUCCGCAUCAUGGUGACCCGUUCUGAGGUGGAUUUGCUGGAUAUACGUCAGGAAUACAUGAAGAAUUAUGGGAAAUCUCUGUACACGGCCAUAUCAGGAGACACCUCUGGAGAUUACAAGAAACUACUGCUGAAGCUCUGCGGUGGAAGUGAUUAAAGACUAUAGAUGUUUGCAGGUCACAGAGGACAUAAAGCCACACCACGAUUUAUACACAUUACCCUAAUUUGCACUCUACUAUGUACUUGCAUGUUUUUUCCGUACUCAAUGCAAAAGCACUUAUGUGGAUAUAUGUUGCGCAUUACAUUACAUGGCGUUUUAUUUCUAUUUUUUUAUUACAAUCUCAAGAGUAGCAAACUAUCUUAUCUCUUUACGUGCCAUUUAUGCUGAAGGCAGUGGCCUAGCCAAUCAUGGAAUUAUUUUAUCAGAGCGAGUGCAUAGAUAUUGGAUGUAAUUGUUUCCACAAGUAUAUUUUAUUCUCAAGUUGAUGCCAUCAAAAAUUUGUGUUUAGUAUUGUGUACACAUCUGAAUAACAAAUACCAAGUUCACUGACUUUUAAGUAUUUGGAGUAAAUGUGGAGAGAAAAUGUGCCAUAGGUUUUAGUUUUAGACAUUAAAAUGAACAUUCAUUUGUGUCCAUAUCAAAGUAAAGAAAUUGAUAUUCUUAUGUUUAAUAUGCUUUCUUUUUUAACCAUGCAUGCUUCUCUUGCUGUAGCUAUUAUGUUUGUCAAUCACCUAUCUAUUGAGGCAAAAAAGAGGUAAUGAUGGUGCUGUCUUUGUGUGUAUUUUUUGUUUACCCUGUAUGCAGCCAAGCACAUAUAUGAAAUGCUAAGUAAAAUAUGCUUGAAAGAGA